AUGUCUUACGCAACCAAAAUCCACGCUAGAACUGUUUACGAUUCCAGAGGUAAUCCAACUGUUGAAGUUGAAUUGACUACUGAUAAUGGUAUGUUCAGAUCAAUUGUUCCAUCCGGUGCUUCCACUGGUAUUCAUGAAGCUUUAGAAUUAAGAGAUGGUGAUAAAUCUAAAUGGUUAGGUAAAGGUGUUUUGAAAGCUGUAUCAAAUGUUAAUGAUAUUAUUGCCCCAGCUUUAAUUGAUGCUAAAAUUGAUGUCAAUGAUCAAAGCAAAAUUGAUGAAUUUAUGAUUAAAUUAGAUGGUACUCCAAAUAAAUCAAAAUUGGGUGCUAAUGCAAUAUUAGGUGUUUCUUUAGCUGCUGCAAAUGCUGCUGCUGCAAAUCAAGGUAUUCCAUUAUACCAGCAUAUUGCUAAUCUUUCUAAAUCCAAAAAGGAUAAAUAUGUUUUACCAGUUCCAUUCCAAAAUGUUUUGAAUGGUGGUGCACAUGCUGGUGGUGAUUUGGCCUUCCAAGAAUUUAUGAUUGUACCAACUGGAGCUGAAUCAUUUUCUGAAGCCAUGAGAAUUGAUUCUGAAGUUUAUCACACUUUAAAAUCUUUAGCUAAAAAGAAAUAUGGUCAAUCUGCUGGUAAUGUUGGUGAUGAAGGUGGUGUUGCACCUGAUCUUAGAACACCAGAAGAAGCUUUAGAUUUAAUUGUUGAAUCUAUUGAGCAAGCUGGUCAUACUGGAAAAGUUAAAAUUGCCAUGGAUCCAGCAUCUUCAGAGUUUUUCAAAGAUGGUAAAUAUGAUUUAGAUUUUAAAAAUCCAAAUCCUGAUCCAGCUAAACGUUUAUCUGGUAAAGAAUUAGCUGAAUUGUAUGAAAGGUUGAUUAAUAAAUAUCCAAUUGUUUUACUUGAAGAUCCAUUUGCUGAAGAUGAUUGGGAUGCUUGGGUUCAUUUCUUUAAAAUUGUUGGUGAUAAAGUUCAAAUUGUUGCUGAUGAUUUAACUGUUACCAAUCCAAUUAGAAUUAAAAAAGCUAUUGAAAAGAAAUGUGCUAAUGCAUUGUUGGUCAAAGUUAAUCAAAUUGGUACUUUAUCUGAGUCUAUUGUGGCUGCUAAUGAUGCGUUUGGAGCUGGUUGGGGUGUUAUGGUUUCACAUAGAUCUGGUGAAACUGAAGAUACUUUUAUUGCCGAUUUAGUUGUCGGUUUAAGAGCUGGUCAAAUUAAAACUGGUGCACCAGCAAGAUCUGAAAGAUUGGCUAAAUUGAAUCAAAUCUUGAGAAUUGAAGAAUCUUUGGGUGAUGACGCCAUUUAUGCUGGUAAGAACUUUGCAGUUGCUCACCAAUUAUAG